CAGCGAAUCAGGGUACUGAGCCAAAAGACCCACCCUCCAGUUGAGAAAGGCUCUGCAGUGGUGCUUGGUUAGAACUGAAGGAAAAUGAACCAAAUUCAAUCUUUGCUCAAUGAUUGCCUCAUCAAAACAAAACAUGUGGAACAUGCGGCCAUCAUCAAAUUAAAGGACGAAACUGUGUGGGCAUCAACCCUUGGCUUUAAUCUGCAGCCACAGCAUGCUUUACUCCUCAGCUCUGCUUUCUUCAAGAACUUAUUACACGUCAGAAGGGAAGGACUUUACUUCAAGGAGAAGCAUUAUAAAUGUGUCCGAGCAGAUGAGUGCUCCAUCUAUCUUAAAAAUGAGGACAGAGGUCUAAUAGCUGUGAAAACAGAUUCAUACAUCCUGGUAGCUACUUAUUCUGAGGGCAUGUAUCCCAGCGUGUGUGUGGAAGCUGUGGAGAAACUGGCGAACUAUUUCAGAGAUAAGGAAAACUGAAUCUGCAAACAACUUAAAAUUGAUCAGGCGUAUGAGACUGUUUUGUUAGAAAACUGUGGAUGGAAGUUUGUAAUGAAGCACAUCCAAGCAAGCAAGACAAUAUCCAUUAUUCUGCAAUAUUCUUAGUGCAUAGUGAAGGCUCUGAAAGAGAAGGAUAAUCCACAGCAUUUGAAUUGCACUAGUGCAGCCUUACAGCCCCCUAAAUUAUCAGCUCCACCAUCUUCAAGCCCAAAAAUUACAGCUCAUAAAUCCAUGCAUGUGUGGUAGCAUUUGGGCUCUAGUUUGGAUGGGUUCCAAGAAUCUAAAAUUGCAAGAUGCUGAGCGUCUCCUACAGAGUGCUGAGUACCCUCUACACACAGUGACUUCCCUGGAAGUUGAGCCCUUUCUCCACAUCUCCUAUAGGAGUCGAUGGUGCUCAGCACAUCAUAGGAUCAGGUCUGAAAACUAUAACUUCAUUUCAUCAAAAGUACAGUUGGGUGAUGUUCUCAAGAGAGUUUUUCUUCAUUUUAACACUAUCUUUUUUGUUUGUUUUUACCCAAUCUCCUAGUAAGAAAGCAGUUAAUUUCUCUGAGCUGUGAGGCAUCUUUCACAGGAGAUGUACCAUAUACACAGCAUCAAAACUGAGUAGAUUAAUGAAAUGUGUUGCAUUAACAUGAAGUUCAAUGUAAGAUCACAAAUUGCAUGGCAUACCUUGGAAUGUCUUGAAUAAAAUACCAUUUUUAUAUCCAUCUAUUUGCAUCGCCAGAAAGGACCAUUAGAUCAUCGAGUUUGACCUCUUGCAUAGCACAGGCCAUUACAUUCCACACAGGUAUCCCUGCACUAAGCCCAAUAACUUGUGUUUGCCUAAAGCAUAAUUUCCAGAAAGGCCUCCUGUCUGUAUUGGAAGUCAUCCAGAGAAGGAGAACCCCCUCCCCACUGCUCUUGGUAGCUUGUUCCAAUGAUUAAUCACCCUCAUUGUUUAAAAAAUUGUGCCUAAUUUCUACUUUGAUUUUGUCUGAUUUCCUCUUCCAGCCAGCCAUGGGUUCUUGUUAUGCUUUUCUCCCUUAGAUUAAAGACCUUUUUUAAUUCCCCUAUUUUCUCUCUGUCAAGUUACUCAUGUAACAAAGUAGCAUUCACAUGUAAUCACGUCACCUCUCAAUCUUCUUUCUGAUGAGAUAAACAGAUUUAUCUAUUUAAAUCUCUCACUGUACAGCAUUUUCUCCAGCCUCAGAAUCAUUUUUGUGGCUCUUUUCUGCACCCCCUCAGAAUUUUCCAGCAUCCCAUUCAGUGAUGAGUCUCUCUACUUUUUUGAGAUCUGUCAGUUAGCCAGUUACUAAUCCAUUUAAUGUGAGCUUUAUUGAUAGUUAAGGCUACAAUUUAGUCAUGGGUAUUUUUAGUAAAAGUCAUAGGUCACUGGCAAUAAACAAAAAUUCACAUCCUGUGACCUGUCCAUGACUUGUACUAUAAAUACCCAAUUAAAUCUUAAAUGGGGGAAGGGGGACCCAGGGCCAGUGGCACCAGAUGCCGGGGGUUGCCAAGCAGCAGCUGCUCCAGUCACCCCUGGGACCACUGCUGGGAGCCGCCGACCUGCCAUUGCUCUGGUCGUCCCUGGGACUGCUGCUAAGGUGGUCCCUUGGGUCAGCCACACUGGCUGCUGCUCAGGCGGUCUCCGGGGCCCACUGAGUGGUGGCUGCUCCAGCCACCCACCUGCCGCUGCUCUGGCUGCUCCCAGGACCAUUGCCAGGACCACUACCAGGGGCCAUUGAUCCACCACUACUCCAGCCAUCCCUGGGACUGCUGCUCAGGUCAUGACAAACAUAAUAUGAAGGAACCAGAUGGGCACAAAGGGAUCCAAAUGACUGUUAACUGAAUAUACACAACAUGCAAGGCCUAGCUAAAUAAUGCACAUUGCUGCUCUAGUUUGGUUCUGGCUGGCUUCUCAAACACAGAAAACAGUGACUGCAACUAGAGGAUUCACAAACUGUUUAAAGAGACAUUACUCUACACAUUACAUCUAGGAAAGGUGCAGUGAGCAGCAGACCAUGGUUGUGUGUGACCCCGGAAGCCCCUCAGUACCAACUGAGAGAGGGCAUACCAUUCUGUAAUUCACAUCAGGCCUGAGACAUAUCUUGUGCCAACACAUUAUUGUCAUAAUCUGUAUCUAACAGAUGUCAUGUGAGGUCUCAUAUGCAAACUGAUGACAUGCUGGUCCCAAAAAUCAUGUGGUAUAUGGGUGGGGUGUAUACAAAGAGUUAUAGAUGUGUGCUGGAAAUAUGUUCUUAAAAUGUGUUUGGCAGGCAGUGCAUCAGCCUAGCCUCCACUAGACAAAUGACUGUGUAUUUACUUGUCUGACCAACUUGAUCACAGGCAGAAGACAAUGCAAGUACAUUUACAUAUGAGGUAAACAAAGCUAUUGCGCUAAUAAGCAGGGGAGAAGACCACUAAAUGAUAAUGAUAGGGGACGGAAUCUGCACCCCCGGAAAUCUUCCUGGCUCUUGAGACACAGUGAACUUUGGGGUAUAUAAAGAAAAGUAGGAAGCCACUUGGAUGAUCCAUCACCAAUGGGAGUUAUGGUUCAGCACCCUCUUAGCCUAUGAAAGAUGGCUCAUCUUGGCUGGAAGGCAAGAGCAACUGAACCCUGACUAUAAGUGAGAAACCUGUUUAGAUAAAGAUAACUUACUGAAAUUAAAUUUUAGUCACUAGAAAGCAUAUUUUAUUUUGCUUGACUUGUAACCCUCUCUGUUUCUUUCUUUUAUUCUUACUUAUUAUCACGAA